GGGACGGGCUGAGGGAAGGAUCAGAUGGAGGAUGGGGCUGGGUGAAGAGUCGAGGACGGGAUGGUUGGGGGAUGGGAUGGGUCAGGGCAGGAUAGGAGGAUAUGGAGGAUGGUGUGAUAUGACAUGUAGGACAGGAAGGGAUGUGAUACAAUGAAGGAUGGGAUGGGAGAAAAUGCGAUGUGACAGAAGGGAUGGAGGACAGUAUAGAAUGGGCAGAAGUGGGAUGUGAUGGAGGAUGGAAUGGGAUGUGAUGGGACAGGGGCUGCAUGGUCCUGCCCAGUGCUGUCUGCUCCUUGACACAUCAUCCAGCCAUAACCUGGAGAUGAAACACCUGCCCGGUGCUGACCCCGAGCUCGUGCUCCUCAGCCACCGGUACGAGGAGCUGGAGAGAAUCCCCCUGAGUGACAUGACCCGGGAGGAGAUCAACCGGCUGGUGCAGGAGCUGGGCUUCUACCGCAAGGAGACGCCUGAUGCCCCCGUGCCCGAGGAGUUCCAGUUUGCCCCUGCCAAGCCUCUGCCCACACUGCCACCCCCCCAAGCAUCCACCACUGGCAUCAAGACCCCACUCAAACGUGACAAGGGAGAACACCCAGACCUCUAGUGAGGAGUGCUGCACUUGGGACAGGGUCCUGCAGCCAGUCCACAGCACAGGGAACGAGGGUGUUACAGCAGCUGGGGAUAGUGCUGUGGAGUGGCAGAGCUGCCCCCCCCCCGCUCUUGCUUGGUGCUGUGUAGCCUCUGCUCCAAGGAUGCCCUGAGUAGCUCAGACUUUGAGCAGGGGCUUCCUGGGCACUGUGGGCAUCCCAAGGUUCCCAUGUGGUGGUCGUUGCCUUCCCAUGCCUGCAGCCUGUUAUCCCUGGCCAGUUGGGAGGAGCAGCAUUCCUUGCACUCCCUUGCUGUGCCCGGAGGUUUAGCUGCUCCCGGCAACUGGGCAGCUGCAUCCUACCUGCAUGGGACAGGAUGAAACCCUCAGCAGAAAGCGACAGGUGCUAAGGGUAGAUGUGCUGAGUCCCAAAGGUGGGAGAGCUGCCCCAGGGAGAGGGCUUUACCCCCCAGUAGGGUUAUCUUGUAUCCAGCACCCAGUAAAGCCUUUAUAUAUA